AGCGGGUGUUGGGAACUUGACGAUGCGAGGACUGGCAGCCGGCGAGUAUUUAAAAGAGGAGAAGGACAUCUCUUCCUCCGCCCCCAUCAACCUCCCACCAUCCCAACGAACACAUCCCUUCCACGCCCUUCUCCAUUCCCAAUCCCAGAAACAACACUGCAAACAUGCACAGCACCCGCUCGUGGCUCGUGCUGCUCGUCCUUGCGCUGGCCGUACUUUUCUCAGUUUCCGAGGUAUCCGCCGGGAAAUCUCUGACUUCUAGGCGAGCCAGUCUUCAACGCCGCACCGCACAAGCCCUUGCACGUCGUGAUGAUGAUGAUGGUGGUGAUGACGACGACGACGACGACAACCGCGGCCGUCGCGUUGGUGGUCGGAUCGGCGGCAACGUCGGCAACGCGGGCAACAACGUCUGCAACCGUCCGCGCACAUCAAACUGUCCGGAUGAUUGCUGGAGCGCCAUCAACGGCGGAUGCGUCGAGACCGACACCGGCAAUUUUUUCUCUGGCGGGGAAUGCACGGCUUGCACCGGGUUCCCAGUCAUAGAUGACUAGGUCUUUCGUUGAAGUCCAUACGACAUGCACUCGUUCGAACGUGGGAAAACACCGGGGCUUCAGUGAACAUGGAGCCUUUCUCAACACUUCUAGAUCGUUCAAACUCUUUGUAAAUACUUGUAAAUAGGUGCAACCGCCUGAACACACUUGUAAAUAUGCCAGCCCCCUCGUACAUACUUGUAUAUACUUUGAGCGCCUUGUAUAUACGCCUACUGCGACGUAAAAUAUACAUUUUGUACAUAAAAGCAUCG